CAGAAACAACCAGAUUAUCCGGACUUUCCCGCCGUCUUCUGUCCAGACCCGCAGAGCUGCUGCUGUUGGAGGAUCACAAAGAGUUCCCAGGAGGAAACGCGUCAGAGGAGUUCGUCGCUCUGACAUCAUCACGAUUCCUGAUGAACGCAGCAGACUGAUGACGCUCGCUGUGGAAAACUGUAGCGACCAAACCGUCCUGACGUGGCUGAGAGAAAACUCAGAGUCCAGCACCUUCAGCAAGCUGGCGGACAUGUUUAACUUCCUGAAGACACACAUCGCUGCAGAGGAGAAGAAGAACCACGGCGACGCGGUGGACGUCGUCUUCAUGGCUCAUGGAUCAAUCAGAGACUUCAUGAUCCCAGCCAGCUGUCUGCUGCCUCUGGCCUCCAUCAGGGACGUGGUUCUUUAUGCUCCCUGGAACUGUGUCACCUGCAGUUUGGGGUACGGCAUCGCCACAGGACAGCUGCAGCCUCAGCACAGAGUCUUCUACUGCACCAAGAAGCUCGGCUGCACAGUUCCUGAUGAAAAACAUCGACCCGUGAAACUACCGGACCGCUGGAACUCAAUGAGACAGGCUGGAGACCAGAUGAUCCCAAACAUCACAGUUAGUCCUCUAAGACCAGACGAUGGAAUCUGGAAGAACUUUGAGUCUCUAACCAAAAAGCACGGUUCUGUUGGGAGAAACCGGAUCGUGGUUCCGUUCAUCUUCCCAGGAAAAGAAUCAGACAGCGUCCCGUUCUCUGUGGUCACCUUGGCCCUGUCUCUGGUUCUGCUCCAGUCCAGGUUCAAAGCCACCGUCCACCUGGAUACCUGUCUGGGAGACCAAUCUAUUGGACAGAAGCUUGAUAAAAGCUACCUGGAGCAGCAGUACGCCUGCGCCAUCGACGGAACCGGACUGGCGUGUUCUCCUGAGAUGUUCAGUCGGGUCCAGUUGAACAUCCCUGAGGUUUAAACAGCACACCGACUUCUUCCCCUCCAUCACCACAGCACUUUUAUUUUCUGAGCAUUAUAACGUUAUAUCUUUACACCUCCAGGUUCUUCACAAACAAAGAUUUCACUUUUUAGCAAAGUUAAAAACCCAUAAAUAAAAAAUCUCAUACUUUUUUUUGUGUCUUGGAGACAAACUUAAAGUCUCAGUAACCGUUAGAUUUCUCAGGUUUUAUAGUUAAAUCAUCGUGGACAAUGUAAAAACAAACAUUUAUCCUCUGAAAAAUACAAAAUCUUACCAAGUAUUUUGAGUCUAGUUAUAGUGAAAUUUAUAUUUUAUUUAUAUUUUAGUGCACUUGAGAUAUGACACAAUUA